AUGGCUGCUGAGUACCACGUUGUUAACAGGAUUCUGUUAUUACAGGAAUCCCUGACAUUUGAUGAUGUGUCUGUGAAAUUCACCUGGGAGGAGUGGCAACUCCUGGGCUCUGCUCAGAAGGACCUGUACCGGGACAUAAUGUUGGAGAACUACAGCAACCUGGUAUCAGUGGGGUAUCAAGCCAGCAAAUCAGAUAUACUCUCCAAGUUGGAACCAGGAGAACUGUGGAUGACAGAAGAUGAAAUCCACAGGCAAAUUUGUUUUGAAAUCAGAAACAUUGAUAAUCCUCUGCAGGGUCAUUUACAAGAUCAAAGUAUUCAGAAGAGAGGCCAUUUCCUAUUAAAGCAAAAUUGUGUUAUGUGUGACCUCCAUGACAAACCUUUGAAAUCAAAUUUUAGUUCUGAAAACCAGAAUAGAAGCUGUAACCUAAAGAACUCUGCUGAGUUUAAUGGAAAUGGGAAAUGCCUUUUCCAUCCUUUUCAUGAACAAUUUUAUUCUGAAAUUAAAUUCCCCAUAAGUACAAAACCCAUCAAAAAUGAAUCCCAGGUCCUUAAGGAACAGAGAAGUCCCAACAUAGAGAAAGCCCAUGUAUGUGGUAAAUGUGGGAAAGGCUUCAUCAAGUUUUCUCAGUUCUCUGAUCAUCAGAGAGUUCAUACUGGAGAAAAACCUCAUGGAUGCUGUGUAUGUGGGAAAGCAUUCUCUAGAAAAUCCAGGCUAACAGAACAUCAGAGGAUUCAUUCAGGACUGAAACAUUAUGAAUGCACUGACUGUGACAAAACUUUCCUUAAGAAAUCACAAUUCAAUAUACAUCAGAAAACUCAUAUGGGAGAGAAACCUUAUACAUGUAGUGAAUGUGGGAAAGCCUUCAUCAAAAAGUGUCGGCUUAUUUAUCAUCAGCGAACUCACACAGGAGAGAAACCCCAUGGAUGUAAUGUAUGUGAAAAGGCCUUCUCUACAAAGUUUAGUCUCAUUACACAUCAGAAAACUCAUACAGGAGAGAAACCUUUUAUAUGUAAUGAAUGUGGCAAAGGCUUUAUCGAGAAGAGGCGUCUUACUGCACAUCAUCGAACUCAUACUGGUGAGAAACCCUUUGUAUGCAGUAAAUGUGGGAAAGGUUUCACUUUGAAGAACAGUCUAAUCACACAUCAGCAAACUCAUACAGACGAGAAAUUAUAUACAUGUAGUGAAUGUGGAAAAGGCUUUUCAGUGAAGCACUGUCUUAUUGUACAUCAACGAACUCAUACUGGAGAGAAACCCUAUAUAUGCAAUGAAUGUGGAAAAGCCUUCACUUUAAAGAGCCCUCUCAUCAGACAUCAGCGAACACAUACAGGAGAGAAACCCUAUGUAUGCCCUGAAUGUCGAAAAGGCUUCACCAUGAAGAGUGAUCUCAUUGUACACCAGCGAACUCAUACUGCAGAGAAGCCAUAUAUGUGCAAUGAUUGUGGUAAAGGCUUCACUGUGAAGAGCCGCCUGAUUGUACACCAACGAACUCAUACAGGAGAGAAGCCCUAUGUAUGUAAUGAAUGUGGAAAAGGCUUUCCAGCAAAGAUACGGCUAAUUGGACAUCAACGAACUCAUACAGGAGAGAAACCUUACAUAUGCAGUGAAUGUGGAAAAGGUUUCACCGAGAAGAGUCAUCUCAAUGUACAUCGCCGCACUCAUACUGGAGAGAAACCCUAUAUAUGCAGUGAAUGUGGCAAAGGCUUAACUGGGAAAAGCAUGCUUAUUGCACAUUUGCGAACUCACACUGGGGAGAAACCAUAUAUAUGCAGUGAAUGUGGAAAGGGCUUCACCAUGAAGAGUACUCUCAGAAUACAUCAGCAAACUCAUACUGAACAGAAACCAUACAAAUGUAACGAAUGUGGUAAAACCUUCAGGAAGAAGACAUGUUUUAUACAGCAUCAGCGAUUUCACACAGGAAAGACUUCCUUUGAAUGUACUGAGUGUGGAAAAUUAUCUUUGCGCAAAAAUGAUCUCAUUACACAUCAGAGAAUUCACACAGGAGAGAAACCAUAUGAAUGUAGUGAGUGUGGGAAAGCCUUCACUACAAAAUCAGGGCUCAAUGUUCAUCAAAGAAAACAUACAGGAGAGAGGCCCUAUGGUUGCAAUGAUUGUGGGAAAGCUUUUGCCCAUUUGUCUAUCCUUGUUAAACACAAGAGAAUUCAUAGGUAG